GCUAGUCAGGUACAUGGCCGAGCAUCAAUCAAGGCCGCCGACAACAUCCCAUCGCCCUCCAGUCCGUCCUGGUGACCCUCCUCGCCGUCCAUCGCUCUGUCCGCUCCCUUCUUGUCUGCUCGCCUUGGCCCCGCCGUCUUCGAGAGCCCCCGUCUUGUUUUUGCCUGGUGUUUCCUUUCCUGUAUUGACGCCAUCGCCGCCGCCGCCGCCGCCGCUGCACUUUCCGCCGUCGAGCCCGACAACAGCUUCUCCGCUCCGCCGUGACGCUCACCGCAACCCGCCGCCAUGGUCUACAUCACCUCUGACCUUUUCGGUCCGAACACACCACACGAGCGACAAUACGACGACUCGCCAAAUUACUGGCAUGCCAUGGCUCACCAGCAACAUGCCGCCGGCUUGGGCAAGAGAAAGAGGAUGGCCGCCGAUGAUGGACCACAACAAAACAUAACACGCCAACAUCGGCCGUCACCCAGUCGCGACUCCAACCGCCUACAUCUCCACAGUACCCCGCCUUUCGACAGCAACAGCAACUUACCCUGCUCCCUCUUCCCAUCAAAACAACACGAAUACACAUCAGAACGACGGCCGGUUAAGCAGUUGAAACGCCUCAGUCCAAAAGCGCCCCUUGUCAAGUCGACAUCACAUCUGAUGGACGUUGACUUUGAUCUCCCGCCGAUAUGCCAGAGCCAAUCACACGCCGUUUCCGACUUGCGAUCCUGUCACGCCUGCAACAAGGCGCCUAAGCGACGAAAGGACUUGGAGAAUUACCUCGACUGCAGGAGGUGCGAAGGGCGGACGUGCUUUAUCUGUGCGAGGCAAUGUGUAGGGUGCAGCAAGGCCAUCUGCAAGAAGUGCAUAGUAGAGGUUGGGGAAGAGGGGGAUGCUUGGUGUUUGGACUGUUACUCGCGUAAUAUCAACUCGUGAGCGUCACAAGAGGAGGUUGAUUUUUAGUGAUUUGGUUUUUUUUUUUGGAUUGUUUGCUGGAGCAAAGCGGGCGUUCAUGUGUUACUCCCAGCUGCAUCUUGUGAGACUAUGGAGCGUCAUAAUUGUUUUUCUUAUCGACGGUCCUCGGGCUUUGCCCUAA